CCACCACACCCCCUGUCAGGACCACGACCACCCAUCAAUACGCACCAACACAACCCUGUUUAGAACAACUAUCACUCGCAUGUCUGCAAUUGUAAGGAGAAGUUUAAGUCUUGAAGAACAGCAAUUGUCUUAAAACAGCUUUGGAAAGGUGGAUUUUAGGUGAGAUAACUAACUUUCCGAAAGCGCGUAGGCAUCAGGAUUGAGCGCGUGCGUGAUCUGAGAUCAUUGAGUAUGCAGUAACAGGACACAGGGAUUGAGCAGAAGGAGAGAUUUAAUCUGUUUGCAGGCUCGCAUGGAGGGUGAGAACCAUCUACAGCAUUGGAACAAAUUAAGGUGUUUUCUGUUGUGCCUUGCAGUCCUUGUCCUUUCAACAGAGGUCAAUGCAGGAGUGAAGAAGAGCAGUGGACCAUGUGGCGGGAGAGACUGCAGCGGAGGGUGCCAGUGUUAUCCUGAAAAGGGUGCGAGGGGAUUGCCUGGAGCCCUUGGUCCCCAGGGCCCCACAGGCCCUAAUGGACGACAAGGUGACACGGGUCUCCAGGGCUCUAAAGGAGAGAAAGGAGACCAUGGCAAAGGAGGCAUUAUGGGCCCAAAAGGAAGUGUGGGAAUGGUGGGGGUUCCAGGGUUUGAUGGAGCAGAUGGUGUUCCGGGCCACCCUGGUCCGUCUGGGCCUCGUGGAAAACCAGGAGCUGAUGGUUGUAACGGAACCCGGGGAGAUUCAGGAACUCCGGGUCUUCCAGGAUUUGAUGGUGGACGUGGAAUAACAGGUCAGCCAGGAAACAAGGGGGAGAAGGGAGACCCUUUGGAGCUGUGGGUCUAUAUGGAAAGAUUCAAGGGAGAUCCAGGGCCACCAGGUCCUCCAGGAUUUGUUGGACCAACUGGUAACCCAGGGUACAGUGGACUGCAAGGUUAUCAAGGACCUUGGGGUCCCUCUGGUAGUAAAGGUGCUAAAGGACAAAAGGGUGAAAGCAGUAAACUAUUAAAAGGAUUCAAAGGAGAACCGGGGGACAUUGGAGUGCCAGGCCCACAAGGACCUUACUCGCUGUCAGGCCCAAACAUUACAGAAUUCCAGGGUGAAAAGGGGCAGAAGGGUUAUAAUGGUGAACCAGGGGAGGUGGGAUAUGCAGCUACAAAAGGAGAGACUGGUGUGUCAGGGUUUCCGGGACAACGGGGAAACCCAGGAUUAAAUGGCUGGCCUGGACCAAGGGGUGACACUGGACUACCAGGUUUCCCAGGAAAUUCUGGCCGCAAGGGAGACAUAGGAGAACCCGGAGAGCUGAUAGGAGGUUCAAAAGAAAAUAAUGGAGUGGGUCCUCCAGGAUCUCCAGGGGAGCGUGGCCUAAUUGGAAAGUAUGGUUCUAAGGGUGUUAAAGGACAGCCAGGUCCCCCAGGACCCCCUCCCCCUGAACAACAAACAGUGGAUCUGUGGGGUCCACAGGGACCACAGGGACCAAAGGGAGGCAAAGGUGAAGCUGGAGAACCUGGUAAUCCUGCCACUCAGCCUGGGCCGCCUGGUUCCGAAGGGCUGCCUGGAUUUCGGGGACCACCUGGACCCAAGGGGUCAUUGGAAGACUUCUUCAGAGGCCCACCCGGACAACGUGGACGUCCAGGGAAUGCAGGAAAAAAAGGACCAAAGGGUGACCAUGGUCCGUGUGAAUGCAGUGUAACAUCCCAGCCUGGCCUUAUGGGCCCUCCUGGUGAUGCUGGGGACCCUGGAAUGGACGGGGAGUGGGGUCAGCCGGGUGAUCAAGGAGAUGCAGGACCCAAAGGUGUCGAUGGUGUAUUUGGUUUUCCUGGUGUUAGAGGAUUAUCUGGACCCAAAGGCAGAAAAGGAGAGAUGAGAGCAGCUACACAGAAAGGAUUACCUGGUGACCCAGGGGACCCAGGUGCUAGUGGUUUCCAAGGAGAGCAGGGAAGGCCUGGACCUAGUGGACAAGAUGGUGAACCAGGUCUUAAAGGAUCUCCUGGAGAUGGUCCUGUUGGUGAGCCUGGAGAGAAGGGAUAUCAAGGUCGACCAGGUCUUCCGGGUCCAAAAGGCCUAACAGGACAACCUGGCCAAGUUCUUGGAGCUACUAAAGGUGUAAGGGGCCUUCCUGGAGAUGAUGGACAAAUUGGUUUUGAAGGAGUAAAAGGUUUGCCUGGUGCUCCAGGAGACUGUAGCUCAAGAGAAGAUCAAUGGAAUAUCGAAGUGGAGUGUUUUGGAAAUCCCGGGCCACCUGGAAAGCCGGGGCACCCUGGACUCCCAGGGUUGGCAGGAUUUUCUGGAGUACCAGGUGCAAAAGGCAUGCCAGGUCUUUCUGGAGGACCCGGGGCCAAAGGAGAGCUAGGUGAACCAGGCAGAGGAGGCCCACCUGGGCCAAGGGGUUUUGUGGGAAUUCGGGGCGAUUUAGGAUUUCCUGGCUCCAAAGGUGUGGACGGAGCUCCAGGCAUCUUUGGUAAACCAGGUUUGGAUGGUGCUUCAGGGAAAAAGGGUGAACAUGGAGAAGUUUUAGGAGCAUCUACUGGAGCUCCUGGAGAACCAGGACUGCCAGGACAGAGGGGUGAAACUGGCCUUCCAGGAGACCCGGGCCAAAAAGGAUACCCAGGUAUGGAGGGGAUGCCAGGUAUGAUCGGCCUCAAGGGUGAAGAUGGUCCUCCGGGUCUUCAAGGAGAGAUAGGAAAACCUGGACCACGAGGGACAUUUGGCUUUCCUGGGCAGCCCGGUUACAAAGGACCUCCCGGACCAUCUGGAAAAAAUGGAGAACCAGGUCCAAGUGGAAUAAGGGGAGACCAGGGAGACCCAGGCCUUCAUGGAGUGGGUGGAGUAAAGGGUGUCAUUGGAGACCCUGGAAAUGUUGGGGUACCAGGAAAUAUUGGGGUCCCAGGAGAUCCAGGACAACCAGGGCCCUUUGGAUUUAAUGGUCUUCCAGGGUUAAAAGGUAACAAAGGUGGUCAAGGCAUAUCAGGUUUUCCUGGAAACAUAGGUGAGAAAGGUUUGAAAGGACCCCCAGGAAAGAAAGGACAGAUAGGCUUUCAAGGACAACAAGGUGCAAAAGGAUUUACUGGGCUUCCAGGAGAAAAAGGUGACAGAGGGGUGGUGGGACCUCCAGGUGAAAAGCCAAUCAUGAAAAUACCACAAAUGUUAGACAACAUGAAGGGAAUUAAAGGUGACCAUGGAAAAAUGGGAGACCCUGGCAUCAUAGGUCCUGAAGGUACAAAAGGUGGGCCAGGUUAUCCAGGAGGCGAUGGGAAAGAUGGACAUCCAGGUGAGCCCAGUGAUGCAAAAGGUGUUAAAGGUGUUCCCGGAGAAGAAGGUCAAUCAGGGCCUAAGGGAAUGCCAGGGCCUACAGGACAGUCUGGAAUUCAAGGUUUCCCGGGAAUGCCUGGACCUGGGGGUGACAAAGGCUCGCCUGGUGCCUAUGGACGGCCCGGAGAUUCUGGAAUUAAGGGAAUAAAAGGUGACUUGGGUCCUACCAUGAGUAUUCCAGGAUCAACAGGACUGAGAGGCGAAACUGGGCUGCCUGGAAAUUCAGGUGAGAAGGGAGUCACAGGUGAACCUGGAGAUAGAGGAGGUCCUGGUUUUGACGGCAUUGAAGGGAUGAAAGGCCAGCCGGGUGAACCAGGACAAUCUGGACUACCAGGCUCUGAUGGCCAACCGGGUUUCCCAGGAAAUCAAGGUCUUAAGGGCUGGCCAGGAGUGCCUGGGCAGAAAGGAACCCCUGGAUUCCAAGGCCAACCGGGACAAAAGGGGUUUCCUGGUCUAAAAGGCAUUUUUGGAUUAGAUGGCCUGAAAGGUCAAAAGGGUAUCGAGGGUGUUCCAGGCACUGACAACUGGGGUCCUCCAGGUGAUGCAGGAGCGAAAGGAGAAAGAGGAGAGAUCGGGAUCCCCAGCACUGAGGCUGGCAUCCCUGGAAAUCUGGGCCUCAGGGGUUCCACUGGAGAUCUAGGUGAUAAGGGUGAAUCUGGGCGUCCAGGUGUCACAGGUCCUCCAGGCGAACAAGGAUUCUCUGAUAUAAAAGGAGUUGCAGGCGACUAUGGCCUUCCAGGCACUAAAGGACUUCCAGGUUUUCCUGGUCCUAGAGGGAUUACAGGUGAACCAUCUCCAUUCGGAGCAAAAGGAGAUAAGGGAAAUGCAGGGGAUUUCGGAUUCGCCGGAGAAAAAGGAGUCCUGGGGGACAGUGGAGAGAAAGGACCACGUGGGGAGCCUGGAGUGUCAGGAAGAAAAGGUGAUAAAGGAGAACAAGGAAUGAUGGGCUUUCCAGGAAGACGUGGUUUUGAAGGUGACAGGGGCCCUGUUGGACCUAAAGGAGAUACUGGACCCCCAGGUUUUCCUGGGUUGCCUGGUGCUAGAGGACUUCCACCAAUUCCAAAGAAACUUCCAGGGGAGAUAGGAGCACCUGGCCCAAUGGGUAUUCAAGGACCUAAUGGACGCAGUGGAGAUCCAGGCCCUGCUGGACCUCCUGGUGAUCCAGGGUUUUUGGGUCCAAAGGGGCACAAGGGCAUGCCAGGUCUCCCUGGAAUACCAGGAAAUCCAGGCUUCCGUGGAGACACUGGACAAAUGGGCCACCCUGGUCUGCAAGGAGAAGAAGGGUCCCGAGGACGCUCUGGUUUACCUGGUGCUACUGGAAUGGCUGGCCGCAGUGUCAAUGUUGGCUACCUGCUGGUGAAGCACAGUCAGUCGGAACAGAUCCCCAUGUGCCCUGUGGGCAUGGCCAAGUUAUGGGAUGGUUAUAGCCUUCUGUACUUUGAGGGACAGGAGAAGGCCCACAACCAAGACCUCGGUCUAGCCGGCUCGUGUCUCCCCCGUUUUAACACCAUGCCCUUCCUGUACUGCAAUCCGGGAGACGUAUGCUACUAUGCCAGCCGCAAUGACAAAUCCUAUUGGCUGUCCACCACCGCACCAAUUCCCAUGAUGCCUGUGGAGGAGGCCGAGAUAAAACCAUACAUCAGCCGCUGUUCCGUGUGUGAAGCUCCAACUGUGGCCAUCGCCAUACACAGCCAAGAUAUAACUAUCCCACAAUGCCCAGCAGGCUGGAGAAGUCUCUGGAUUGGCUAUUCCUUCCUUAUGCACACGGCAGCCGGAGAUGAAGGUGGCGGUCAGUCUCUGGUGUCCCCGGGCUCUUGUCUCGAAGAUUUCCGCACCACUCCCUUCAUCGAGUGUAACGGGGCCAAAGGUACAUGUCACUACUUCGCCAACAAGCAGAGUUUUUGGUUGACCUCUAUCGAUCAGUCCUUCCAGAGUUCCCCUGUUUCCGAGACACUUAAAGCCGGUCAGCUCCUGUCACGCAUCAGCCGCUGCCAAGUGUGUAUGAAGAACCUGUGACCUGUAACCUAUGAACUUUGACACUAUUGCAGCAGCAUUACAAGUAACACCUGCACCGACAAUUCAGAAUUCUUCAUUCCAAAUUGCAAUCCGAUGUCAAUGUUAAAAGGUAGGCUUUUGAAAUUACUUCAUGUUAUUAAUGCAUUACAUAUGACAUGCCGUCAGAUUCACUCUUCAUCACUACUGUGUGCCUUAUGACUGAAGAUAUGUACAAUGUGCAUAAUGAGAAGUGAAGCAAUAGAUGCAUGAAAGCAUAGCUAUGAUAUUUCUCUGUAUUAUUUACUUUUCUAUGUAUGAAAUGGUGCUUAGUUUCUAACUUAUUACCUCAGCGUUAUGAAUCUCUUGUUAUUAAUACAUACAGCUGAACCAAAGAAGCUCAUGCUUAUGCACUUCUCUGCCCUUUUGUGUUAUGUGGUAGUGCUUUAUGGUUCUUAUUCAGAACUGGUUCCAUUGUUUUAAAAGGCAGUGUCUAUUUAUAUACUAAAUGCAAAUAGCCAACAUUUUUAGCAAAGGCUAUUUAUUCUUAGCACAAAUAACAUAUGGCUUCUAUUUGCACUUAGUGUGAAAAGCAUCUAUUGCAAUUUGUUGUGGUUCACAUUUGGUGUAAACAGAAUCUACUUUUUGUUACACUUUGGCUACAUUCACACUGCAAGCUUUAGUACUCAAUUCUGAUUUAUUAAUCCAAUUAGAAUUGUUUUUCCUUUUAUUCGCAUACUUCCAAAGAACUAAACGAACCAAAGAGUGACUUCCAUCAGGGCAGAAUUGUGACGAAUGUUUCGUAAAAGUCACAUGAUUUACGAUAUAACUUUAGACUGAGGUCCCAUUGCAAAACAUCUGUAUCUGUUUUAGGACAACACAUGGAAGUGGCCCAAAUCAGAAUCGAAAAGAUCAGAUCCCAUGUGGUAUGCGAUGAACAAACAAACAAAAAAACGAUUCUGAUUUCGUAAAAAUCGUAUUUCAUGUGAUUUUAUGCCAUUCACACUUGCUAAAUAUGAUCGGAUUCCAAUCGUAUAUGCACAAAAAUCGGAUUUGGAGUCUGAACGAAAAUGUAGCAUUAGUGUAAAUAGCAUCUGCCAUCCCUUUCACA